UCACUAUCAUUUCUUCUUCCAACUACCACAUGAUUAUUGGCACAUUCUUUUUUAUUUCUUCUUAUAUAAAUAUAUCAACUUUGAACUAUUUUUCAUCACAUAAAUCAUAAAAAUAAUUAAACAUGGGGAGAACAAGAAUGCCAAAUUUUUGUCUAAAUAGAAUUAGGCCUCAUGUUCAAAUUCGUUCUCCACCAAUACAAGCCAAAAAUAAUAUUAUUGAAGAAAAAAAUGAUCCUUCAUUAGCCAUAAUUCCGGCAUCGGCGCCGGAGGAAAAAGUUGUCGCCGGUGAUGACGUGGCAAAACCGACACCGGUAAUUGGCCGGAAAAUAAUGAUUUUAGUAGAUUCAAGCCUUGAAGCCAAAAAUGCAUUGCAAUGGGCAUUAACUCAUACUGUUCAAAGCCAUGAUUUACUCGUUCUUCUCUAUGUUACUAAACCUUCUUCUUCUUCUUCUAAACAAGAUGAAGAUUCUAAAAAGGAAAUUAAUCCAAGAAUUUUCGAAUUUCUUGCUUCCAUGAAGAAUAUUUGCAAGAUGAAAAGACCUGAGAUUCAAGUGGAAGUGGCAGUGGCACAAGGGAAAGAGAAAGGUCCAAUCAUAGUAGAAGAGUCCAAAAAACAUGACGUGUCACUUCUAGUCUUAGGCCAGAAGAAAAAGUCUAUGACGUGGCGUUUGAUUAUGAUGUGGGCCCAUGGCGGUCGGGUGGUUGCUGGUGGCGGCGGCGGUGGUGGUGGAGGAGUGGUGGAGUACUGUAUUCAGAAUGCUAGUUGUAUGGCUAUUGCAGUGAGGAGAAAAAGUAAAAAACUUGGUGGAUACUUGAUCACUACCAAAAGACAAAAGGAUUUUUGGCUUUUGGCUUGAUUAUAAAUAUAAAUUUAAUUAAAGUUCCGUCUUAAUUAGUUUAUAGUGUGCUUCUUGUAAAUUCAUAAUUAUAGUGACCUAUAUGGAUUGGAAAGUCAGUGAGUCAAAAGAUAAUUGAGCAAUGUGUCUUGUCUAAUUUUUUAUUUUUUUUUAAUGUUGAACACCUUAUAAAAAUAGUAUUAAAUCUUGAUGAUCGA